AUGAGCGACCGAGCCAGCCCAGAGCAGGGAUCGCAGGCUGUCCCCCCCUCCCAGCUGACAGCAGCUGCUCUCCAGAGCCUCACGCAGAGCUGGCACCGCAGCCGUCGGGCCCAGCGGGGUUUCCAGGCCAUCUGGAGACCCAGCGUCUUCACCUGCCCGCCCUGGGAGCACCCACCCCCACGGGGGUCCCACGGGCAGGGUGCCUCCCACCCGUCCCGGCCCUGCCACGUCUCCCAGCGCCGCCUGUCCCCAGGGUGCCCGCGGCAGGGCGAAGGCCGGCGGGCGAGACCGCGGCGGGGACCCCAACUCUACGACACCCCCUACGAGGAGUGGGAGACGGCAGGGGAGGGCCCGGGGGUGCCCACCACCCGUGAGAGCCGCCUGCCCCGCGACGACGAGCGCCCGGCCGACGAGUACGACCAGCCCUGGGAGUGGAAGAAGGAUCACAUCUCGCGGGCGUUCGCAGUGCAGUUUGAGAGCCCCGAGCGCUCCCCCAGCCUGUCCCGGCAGCUGCCGCGGCCCCCCCGGACCCCCGCAGGCGCCAGGCCGGGCUGUCCCCCCAGCCCCAGGCACGUGGACACCUCGCUGCCCCUGGAGAAGCAGGCGUGGUACCACGGCCCCAUCGGGCGAGCGGGCGCCGAGACGUUGUUGGCGCUGUGCCGCGAGGGCAGCUUUCUGGUGCGGGACUGCGAGACCAGCCCCGACGACUACUCGCUCUCGCUCAGGUGAGCGGCUGCAGUGGGGGGGGGGACACUGGCACGGCUGCUCCUGCGGGCAGUGCCCAGCACCCCCGAGAUCGACCUGGCGGAGUCGCUGGUGGCCGAUAACUGUGUGACGCUGGCCUGGAGGAUGCCCGAUGAGGACAGUAAGAUUGACCACUACGUGCUGGAGUACCGCAGGACCAACUUCGACGGGCCACCCCGCGCCAAGGAGGACCAGCCCUGGAUGGUGGUCGAGGGCAUCAAGGGCACCGAGUACACCCUCACCGGACUGAAGUUUGACAUGAAGUACAUGAAUUUUCGGGUACGGGCAUGUAACAAGGCUGUGGCGGGCGAGUUCUCCGAGCCGGUCACUUUGGAAACGAGAGCGUUCAUGUUUCGGCUGGACGCCAGCACGUGCCACCAGAACCUGCGGGUGGAGGAACUCAGUGUGGAGUGGGACGCCACGGGCGGCAAGGUGCAGGACGUCAAGGCGCGCGAGAAGGACGGCAAGGGCAGGACGGCUUCGCCCGCCAACUCGCCUGCCAGGGUGGUGCAGUCGCCCAAGAGGAUGCCCUCGGGGCGUGGGGGCAGAGAUCGCUUCACCGCUGAGUCCUACACGGUUCUGGGUGACACGCUGAUCGAUGGCGAUGACCACUACUGGGAGGUGCGGUACGACCGGGACAGCAAAGCUUUCGGCGUGGGGGUGGCAUAUCGCAGCCUGGGCAAAUUCGACCAGCUGGGCAAGACCUCGGCCUCCUGGUGCCUCCACCUCAACAACUGGCUGCAGGUCAGCUUCAGCGCCAAGCAUGCCAACAAGGCCAAGGUGCUGGAUGUGCCCGUGCCCGACUGCAUCGGUGUCUACUGCAACUUCCACGAAGGGUGA